AUGGAACCAGUCAAGCCCCCCACAGGGAAACUUUUCGUUGGUGGGUCCUCAGGAGAGACUGGCUUCGGGGCAGGGAUCGUCUUGGAAAGCUCGGAAGGCCACAAGCUAAACUGCGCAGUAAGGUUUGGCUUCAAAGCCUCGAACAACGUCCCUGAAUACGAGGCCCUUCUAGCAUGUCUUAAACUUGCUAAAGAGAUGCAGGUCAGAAGGCUCCUGGCGAGCAGCGAUUCUCAACUUAUAGUGAAUCUAGUCAAUGGGAACUUCGCGGCCAAGGAUAGUAGCAUGGUUGCAUACUUGAAGUUCGAACUGACUCAAGUCCCCCACCUAGAAAAUACACAUGCAGACGCCCUUUCAAAACUGGCCAGCAGCAAGGAUUCAGAGCCACUAAAGGUUGUCCCUAUUGAGCACUUGUCAAAGCCCUCCACUUCCGGAGGUGAAGAGGUACUAUGGAUAGAAGGCACCCCAUUAUAG